AUGUCUACCAACGAAACAGUACCCGCGUUUGAUAUAUCCAUUAUCUACGCCCCGUUAUUCGUUGGUAUCAUCGUCGACGUUUACCUCUUUGGCAUCAUCUGCACUCAGGCGUUCUUGUAUUUUACCACCUACAAAAAGGACCUGGUAUGGAUGAAGGUCCUCGUCGGCACGGUGGUCGGCACCGAUUUCCUCAACUCCUGCUUUGACGUCAUGGCCUUGUACCGCCCGCUCAUCAUGCAGUUCGGUGAUUAUGCGGCCGUGCUGUCGACUACUUGGGAGUUCCAAAGCGACCCGAUUACCGUCGCCACCGUCGCCAUCCUCGUGCAGGGUUUCUUCGCGUGGCGUGUCAAGGUUCUCACCAAGAACAACUGGAUCGUCGGGUUCAUCUACAUCUGCGCGUUCGCGUCGUUCCUGGGCGGCCUUGGGACUACGAUCGGCGCCACCAAAGUCACGAAGAUGCUCGAGUUGGAUAAGCUCCGGCCGAUCACCUACGUCUGGCUUCCGAUGGCCGCGACUGCGGACAUCGCGAUUACGACCACUCUCGAAGACGGGAUGAGGUUCACCGACACGCUCAUCAACAAGAUCACCCGCCUGACGCUCGAGACGGGCCUGCUCACCUCCAUGUGGGCGUUGAUUAUCCUGAUCGUCUACCUGACCGUCCCGACCGGGCUCCACCUCUUCUUCAACUUCACGCUCUCGAAGCUGUACACGAUCUCCCUCCUCACCUCCCUCCUCAGCCGCCACGGCGGGAUAGACGGCGGGACCGAGGACUCGGGCUCGCACUCUGACGGGCGCACCCACUCCGGGCCGCCCGGGCGCGUGAACAUGCUCCGGUCCGCCGGGAGCGCACACCCGCAGCAGAUCUUCAUCGACGUCGAGGCGCACGAGAUGGUCGACGUCGACGACGUCAAGGGCUCGCAGCUCCUCGAGCACCAGAAGAAGACCGGGGACUCGCGCGCGUUGAGCGGCAACACGCGGCGCUCGUCGGUGACCGUCGACCGCUCGAUGGUCUGA